AUGUCUAUCCCUAACUCUCUCAUCAUUGUGGGGUCGGGUGUUUUUGGCCUCUCUCUGGCCUAUACCCUAAGUCUGGACGAUCAAUUUGCCGACAAGAAGAUCAUCCUCGUGGAUCGAUGGAACUUCGAGCCAUCCAACACCACAGGUUCGGUCCACAACCCGGCGGCCGCAAACGCAGAUACCAGUCGCGUCAUCCGGCGUGACUAUCCGCAUGGUCCAUACGCGUCCCUUGCCCUAGAGGCCAUGAAGCGUUGGCGGGGAAAAUUCGGCGAGAACAACCGAUACGUAAACCAAAGACUGCUUUUCUCCGGGGUAGGCUCGUCACUGACGACACCGCCGAAAGAGCUGGAAACGGUGAACUAUAUCAAGAAAGCGUAUGCCAUCAGCUGUGAGAUGACGCCUGGUGGUCGAGACGCGAUCCAAGUGCUUGACUCGCUCGACGAAGUCAGAGCUUUGCUGGGUAACACUCCCAGCCAGCCACCCUAUCUUCCCGCGAAUAAAGACCCGAGUGCCCGCGAUCUGAGAGGAUAUAUAUCGAACGAUUGCGGUUGGGCCGAUGCGGGGGCCAGCAUUGAGUGGUUGCGCCAGGAGGUUAUCCGCCUGGGUCGUGUGGAGUGUGUAGUUGGUCAGGUAGAGAGCCUGGUUUACAGCGACGACCAACAAGAAGUGAAGGGAGUGAAAUUCGUCGAUGGGAAAGUUUUGACCGCGGAGCUGACGGUUAUCGCUGCGGGUGCACGGUCAUCGCACCUUCUCGGCAUCCCGAAGCUUUGCGACGUUUAUAGCGAGUUUGUGGCUUACAUCCAACUCACCGAAGAGGAGGCCCACGAGCUCCGGCGCAGGCAAUGGCCCAUCCUUGUUAACUGUCACCGUGGCGUGUUCGCCGUCGGCCCGGAUCACGACAAUUGUCUGAAAUUUGGACACUUCUCUUACAGCGGGAUUGUCGACGUGCUGCGCGAAGCGAGCAUUCAAGUACCGACUCGACCAGACGGAUGGGAAGCUCAGCAGAAAUACUGGAGCGAUCCCAGAUUUGGAUUUGGCGGAGAAGUCAAGGUCUCCGCGCUUGGCGACGUAGAUGACUACGAGAAUCCAGCCGCGCAGAGGGCGUUGGCAGAUUAUCGCCUUUUCCUACUGGAGCUGCUCGGCCCCACUGGGCUCCAGGGAGUUGACACGCUGGGACUGGACCAAUCUGACAAUCUGCUCAAUAACAUUGCAAACCGGCCCUUCACUCGGGUUCGUAAGUGCUGGUAUAAUGAUACCCCCGCUCUCGACUUUGUCGUCGACUACCAUCCUUCCUAUGGUAAGAGCUUAUUCGUUGCGACUGGUGGUUGCGAUCAUGCCUUCAAAUUCCUUCCCAUCAUCGGGGAAAAGAUUCUCGCUCUCGUUCUGCGCAAGCGCGGUAACACCUCGGUAUCACUGCCAGCAGGGGUGGAGCCCUCGCUGGAGGAGCUAUCGGAACUCUGGAGAUUCCCGGUGGAACUACUACAGGGCGAAUAG